GGCCUAGACGAUGCAAUGGUGGAAACGGCCGAGGAGGCCACAGAGCCCGCCGAAGCAGACAUCACGGGGUUGUGCCAGGACAUGUUUUCCAAGAUGGCCACGUACCUGACCGGCGAGCUGACAGCCACCAGCGAAGACUAUAAGCUUCUGGAAAAUAUGAACAAGCUGACCAGCUUGAAAUAUCUAGAGAUGAAAGAUAUCGCAGUCAACAUAAGCAGAAACCUAAAGGACCUAAAUCAGAAAUAUGCAUCACUUCAGCCUUAUCUGGAUCACAUCACUUUAAUUGAGGAGCAAGUCUCAGUUCUUGAGCAGGCAGCCUACAAGUUGGAUGCAUAUUCAAAGAAACUAGAAGCAAAGUACAAGAAGUUAGAGAGGCAAUGAAAAUUCUUUAGCACA